UGUGACUGUGAGCAGAGAUGGUUAUUGUUCUACCUUUAAAAAUAUAACUACUGAAACAGACAUUUGGAGACACUGAUGAAAUACAGUAGGAGUGGCCUUGACAGUGGUCCACCGCACCCACUGGAGGGAGGCAGGAGGCAGCCUUGGAGGAAGCUUGAGCAUCCUUGUUUUGUUUCUCAACCAAAACAAAAAGAAACGCUGGAAAUUUAAGCAGACAUGGCUGGAGUGCGGGGAGGGAACCAUUCAACGCUGAGUUAGCUGAGUUAGCUUCUUCCCCACACACCCCCUUUAAUUCAACACCAUGGCUAAGCAGUAUGAUGUUCUCUUCCGACUCCUGCUUCUCGGAGACUCCGGGGUUGGUAAAACAUGUUUGUUGUGCAGAUUCACCGACAACGAGUUUCAUCCAUCGCACAUUUCAACCAUUGGGAUCGACUUCAAAAUGAAGACGCUGCUGAUAGAUGGUAUCAAAGUGCGGAUCCAGAUAUGGGACACUGCAGGCCAGGAACGCUACCAGACCAUCACCAAGCAGUACUAUAGGCGAGCACAGGGAAUUUUCCUGGUGUAUGACAUCACGAGCGAGCGCUCCUUCCAACACAUCAUGAAGUGGGCCAGCGACGUGGACGAGUAUGCUCCAGACAAGGUCCAGAAGAUCCUGGUGGGUAACAAGUCGGACGAGGUGCACAAGAGGCAGGUGGCCACGGAGCAAGGAGUCAAGCUGGCCAGAGCUUACGGAAUGGACUUUUUUGAGACAAGUGCCUUCACCAACCAGAACAUCACAGAGACUUUUACUCGCCUGGCAGAGCAGGUGCUGGCGGCCAACAAGAAGGACCUGGAUCUUCUGAGGAUGUCUGUGAACGAUGAACUAAACCUGGCCGCUUUGGAGGAGGAGGAGGGACUUUGUGACCGCGUGUCCGCCGAGCAGGCCAAAGGCUGCUGGUGUUAAGACACAAGAGGACACAUCCGUCUUCACCACGCGCUUUUGAGGACGGAAAGGACAAAACGUAGUGCUGUGAAUCGACAAACAAACAUCUCUCCGUGGGACUGAAUGUUUCUUCCUUGUCCAUCAGCAGUCGGGGUAUUGUUAGCACUUAAGACAGCUUUCUUACUUACCAGUCUCGAAUUUAGGGGGCGUCUACAAAUGGUUCACCACUGGAUUUUCACACUUUAUCUUUUUUUUCCCCCACCAGAGAAAAUCAACAUUAAGCAUCCUUAAUCUUCCCGUUUAAGUGAGUAAAUGCUUUAUGCUUUCUUGGUGUAAUUCUGGAAAGAUACCACAGAGGGUGCUAUUUAGGGUUUGUGGCUCGAUUUGAAUUAUUGCUGCCCAGUUUGUGCAGUCACCCCUGACCAUUUAUUUAUGAUUUACUAUCUUUCUUUGUAGCAUAACACUGUACAGUAUAUAUAUUUCAUAUAACAACAACAAGCAUAAUUUCAUGUAUUAACUGCAUAGAUAGACGUCCAUGUUCCUGGAGACAAGUGAGCAUUUUGCACAGGAUUUUUUCUUUUAUUGCAACUUCAGUGAAGUUAAUAAUCAGCUGGCUGUAAUUUCAAUUCUAUUAUUCAACCAGAGAUGCCUCUUGGAAACAGAAUGACCAUCGACUUUGUCUGCAUCCUUUUCGUAUUCUUCAAAUGCUAACUUUUGAAUGGUGUCAGAGUCAUAAUGCAGCUGUGUUGUUUAAAAAAAAACAAAAAAAGGACAUAUUUCUUCCUUCUUUACUUGUAUUUGUGGAAAUAUAUUACAUUCAAUUAGCAGAAUGCAGCAUAUUAUUCUUGAAGAGACGUUGUCACAUGUUUUGAGUAAAUACCUGCAGAUUUAAGACGCUUCAAUGGUGUGUAUUUGUUUUUAGAGAGAUGACGUGCUUAUUUCCUUUCUUCUCGUACAUUUACGAGAAAAAAAACUUUAUUGUCGGACUAUUAAGAGUUUUUUCUCGUAGAUUUAUGACUUCAUUGUCAUAAAUCCACGACUUUAUUCUCGAAAUCUCAGGUUAUUUUAAUAGUC